UUUACGAGGCCGGAUCGCGGGAAUUAUCGUCGCGCUUUCGACGCGAAAUUUUCCGAGUUUUUCCGCGUCGUCGAUCGCAUUUCAAGCGGGCGUUUACGUGUUUCUGCUCGUACUCUCGCAUCGUCGUGUCGGAGUAUCAUUCCGCGAACUAGGCUCGUAAUUUUCGCGAAAAUCGCAGGUCGAGUAUGACAAAGGUCGCGUCGCCAUUGUUAUAUAUUUCUCAAUUGUGGAACAUCGGCGAUUCCGAGUGCGUCGUGGAGGAAGUCGCCCUCGUAAUUCGGAGAAUAGUCGAAAAAUGUAACAUUGCGAUUCACGCGUCGUGUUGGGAGUGCUGUGUAAAGUGCCGGACGAUCGUAAUUAUUCGUUUUCGCGAGUGUCGUGAGUGCAACGAAGGACCAAGAGAGGAGGAGAAGGCCCAGGGAGGCAUCGGGCGACAGUGGGGCAACUGUGAGAUCAAUAUGCUGUGCAUUACAAUUCCGCUAUUGCAUCAGCUCAGAUGA